AUUCAUGCAUAUACACAUAUCUCUUAACAAACAUGUUGAGUUGUAAUUCUCGUUCGACAGUCCAUAUUUGCGAAAACUGUCAGAAAUAUAUAUUUUUUGCUUGAUUGUUGAAACUGAUAAAAAAAGUAUAAAACAGCUGUGAUGAAAGAAGUGAAAUUAGAAAUAUGCAAUUCAGUUGGCUUCAAAAAUGAAUAAUGGUGGUAGCCCUUCCAGGGAACCUCAAUCUUUAGAAGGUUUCAUUGAAGAUCCAUAUGUACCAUCAUCUAAUAUCCAAACUCCAAGUUUUGAUGCUCCAGAUCAUGAACCACUUUUUGGAAUACAAGAUGAAAUAUUGAGACCCACUCGUUUAGAAUUUGAUGAUUUACCAAGUUCAUUAUAUGAUAAUGACGAUUCUCUGAAAGUUGAGACAGAAUUCAUUAAAGUGAAUGCUCUUUUGAGAAGAGAAAAAAUAUCAGUCCGUGUAACAUAUUCAGACCUCAGUAAACCUCUUAAAAUAAAUUUGCCAACCGGCAGUUCUAAGAAGUAUUAUGAUUAUGGCACAGAAACAGCAAUGGCUGCAGGAGAUCAGGUUCCUGAAUUGGCCCACUUAACCAUGGAGGAAAGAGCCCAAAAAGAGGAAGAAUGGAAGCAGGAGUUGGCACAGGUGGAUGAUGAAAUUGCUACAUUGCAGACAGUGCUCAAUGCUAAAAGAAAAAGAGCUGCCGAACUGAAGAAACUCCUUGGCAUAAGCGUUCUUAAAGAGCUUUCCGAUGAUUUGAACCAAGGAAUCAAAAAUGUUAAGGAGAGUAACGUAUAUCAAUCUGUGGAAAAUACGGUUGGUCAGGUUACUAAAGCUGUAACAGAAGCUCCUAUUUACCAAAAAACUACUUCCCUCUUUGGUGGGCUUACCAGCAACAUCAGUACUAAGUUUGGUCAAAUGAAGCAGUCUGAUUCCUUUAGGUCCAUUGAGGAAAAAGUUGGAUCUGCAUAUGAAAAUGUCAAAGAAACUAUGACUAAAGUGGUGUCAAGAUCAAAUUCCCAGCAGAGUUUAGGAGAUGAAGUUUCGAGAUCCCGCUCCGGUUCAGUAGCUACCAGUCCUACUAUUCCAGAAGAGAAGCCAUUAGUUUAAGAAAUUGGAUUGCAAACAUUGAUAUAAACCCAAAGGCCUUUCCAGCAUUUCUUACAAAUAUAUAUUAAUAACUAAUUUUCUCAACAUGAAGCACAUAUAUGCUAAAAAACAAGAAAAUACAUUAAUUUGUAUCGAUUAUUUUGUUUGUUAUUGUUUACACUUUUGAAGUUUUAACACUUUGAAGGCCAUCUUGUGGCUGAAAAAAACUUAAUUGCUUCAAUUAUUUAUUAGUGUUGUACAGAUUUUAGGUUUUAAAGUCAGACUAUAAAUUAUAAAUGUCGUCAUACAUGAGGUUAUAUUUUUUGCAAUGAUGCUUUAAAAUAUUUAGAUUAUUGCUAUAAAUAUUCAGAUGUUGAAAAAUGUAGCCGGUUCUAGUAGUUGGAACUUGAUUUUGCCUUCAACAUUCAACUGAUGGAAUAUUUAGGCAAUAAUAUAGUGAUUUAUUUUAAGUGAUGUAUGAAACUUAUCAUAAUUAAAUGAAAAUGAUGAAA